AUGGAGUCGGCGCCCACCUACACCAAGGGCGAAGUUGAUUCCGCCAUCAUUAACAACCCGUUCGGCGAGGAUGGCGAGGCCAGCAAAUACAGGACCUUGAGCUGGUGGCAGGCCGGCUUCCUGAUGAUUGCCGAAACCAUAUCACUCGGUAUCCUUUCGCUUCCUCAGGUCAUGUCGAGCAUGGGAUUUGUGCCUACACUCAUCCUCAUUGUCGGCAUUUGCAUAAUAUCUUCCUACACUGGAUACGUUAUUGGCCAGGUCAAAUUGAAGUACCCAGGCCUGCACAACUUUGGCGACGCUGGCUUUCUGUUCUUCGGCCGCAUUGGAAAGGAAUUCCUGGAGCUCUGCCAAAUGAUCAUUUUGCUGUUUAUUAUGGCUGCUCACAUCCUGACGUUUUCCAUCAUGAUGAACGUCCUUACCGGCCAUGGCACUUGCACCGUUGUCUUUACCGUUGUCGGCGCGAUUGUGUCGCUGCUUGCGACUCUCCCGAGGACGUUGAAAAACGUGGCUCUUCUGUCCAUCUUCUCUUGCAUGUCCAUUUUGUGCGCCAUUACGAUUACAAUGGUGGCCGUCGGCGUCGACCACGUGGACCACCCUGUGAUUUACGCUGUGACGCCGCUCAGCCUGACCUCUUACCAGACCGGGUUUGUGGGUGUCAGCAACAUUCUUCUCUCCUUCACCGCACACAUCGCCUUCUUCGGCUUCAUCUCCGAGUUGAAGGACCCCCGCGACUUCAACAAGUCGCUGGCCAUGCUGGAGAGCGUGGCUGUCGUUCUGUAUAUCAUCGUCUCCUGCGUCAUCUACCGGUACGCGGGUGCGGCCGUCAAGUCGCCAGCCAUCGGGUCCGCCAGCCCACUUGUCGCCAAGAUCGUCUACGGCAUCGCUAUUCCGACCAUUGUUAUCGCGGGCGUUAUUAACGGCCACAUCGCCGCUAAGAAUGUCUUUGUGCGCAUUUGGAGGCGCACGCCGGGCGUCUUGGGAGAGAAGAGCUUCCGUUCUUGGGGAACGUGGGUCGCGCUCUGCAUCAUUCUGUACGUCAUCGCGUGGAUUAUCGCGAGUGCCAUCCCGGUGUUCAGCCAGCUUCUCGGCCUGCUCGGCUCGCUCUUUUGCUCCUGGUUCACCGUCGGCCUACCCGGCCUCUUCUGGCUCAGCAUGAACAAAGGCCAGUGGUUCAAGAAUUGGAAAAAGGCGUGUCUUACGAUCCUGAACAUACUUCUCGUAGCCAUUGGCACGGCUAUCUGCGGCCUCGGCGUCUACGGCAGUGCCUACGAAAUCGCCAACAACUCCGGCGGACAAUCACCCUUCAGCUGCGCGGAUAACAGCUAA